AUGGGAUCAGAAGACAAAGCUGCCACCAUGUUUAAUACCACAUUUGUUCGGCCUGAAAAAUUCUAUCUCAGUGGGUUUUCCAACAUCCCUCAUAUUACGUAUUACUAUGUCUUCCUCUGUUUUGUCUACAUCAUGACUGUUUUGGGGAAUGGCUUUCUUCUCUCAGUUAUUAGUCUGGUGAAAACUCUUCAUACAUACAUGAUUGUGUUCAACAUGGCUUUGACAGAUUUGUGUGCGAGCACAGCACUUAUACCAAAACUCUUAGACACAUUUCUGUUUGACAGAAGAUACAUCGUCUAUGAGGCUUGUUUAAGUUACAUGUUCUUUGUUUUGUUCUUUGCAAGUGUGCAGUCAUGGACUCUUGUCACUAUGGCAUAUGACAGACUGAUAGCAAUUUGCUUCCCUUUACGGUACCAUAGUUUUGUGACUGAAACAUCAAUUACUGCAAUCCUGAUAUUUGUAUGGAUUUUUUUGGUGAGUGUAAUAGCUACCAUGGUUGGUCUUCUAAAUCGUCUCUCAUUCUGUAGCUCUUUGGUGGUUAACAGCUUAUUUUGUGAACAUGGACCAGUGUAUCGUCUUGCUUGUAAUGAUACAUCUUUAAAUUACAAAUUCUCGGUUUCUCUUGUUGUUAUAAUUGUCAUCAUUCCUCUUUUAUUCGUAGUAGUCACAUAUGUCUGUAUUUUCAUAGCACUGAGCAGGACUACAUCAAGAGAGGAACGACUCAGAGCAUUAAAAACUUGCAUUUCACACCUGAUCCUUGUUGCUAUUUUCUUCCUACCAUUUGUGGGAACCAGCAUAACUGUAUGGACCUCCUACAUCCAUGCUAAUGUCAGAAUGAUAAAUUCCACAUUGACACACACCAUACCAUCUUUACUUAAUCCUAUCAUAUAUGCUUUAAAGACAGAAGAAGUGAUAAAUGCAAUUAAGAAGCUUUGCAAAAGAAAUCUUCUCAGUAUCAUGAGACCCCAAACAAAGUUCAAUUCGAAACGGGUGGGUGGAGGGGCCCCAGAAGGAGGGACCAAGACUAGAAACAAAGAACACAGGGAGCCAGGACAAAAACAAAAAGCAGUAGCACAAGGCUGGGAAAAACACGCCAGAACCACCAAGCAGUUCAAAGAGUUUGGCUUCACCAUGAGCUAUGACAAUGAAACAGACCAGGAGGCUGGUUGGGUGGCCAGUGACGAAGACAGAAGUCCUCUGGAGGCUGGACGUGUGGCCAGCAGCGAGGACAGAGCAAUUCUUGGCUUCGGCCAUAUGGCCGGCAAUGGAAACUCUCGGGAAACUUGGUAG